AUGGCGUCUUCGAUAUCUUCCAUAAGCGAGGACCUUGGAGAGCUUGACGGACGGAUUACUGACGUAUUUCGAGCUCUCUCAAAUGGAUUUCAAAAGCUGGAGAAGAUCAAAGACUCAGGUAGGCAGAGUAGGCAGUUGGAGGAGCUUACCGAUAAGAUGCGUGAAUGCAAGAGGCUUAUUAAAGAGUUCGAGAGAGAAGUUAAAGAUUUAGACUAUACAAGCAUUCCUCAUGCUAGCAGGAUGCUGAAUGAGAGAAAGCAAUCAAUGGUCAAGGAGUUGAAUUCUUAUGUUGAACUGAAAAAGAAAUAUGCAAGCAACAUUGAAAGAAAAAGAGUUGGGCAUAUUGAGGGGACUGAAGAAGUAUCUGCAGAAGAUAAUGGCUUGCUAGCCUCAUCUAUGACAAACCAGGAACUAGUGGGCCAUGGUAAUCAAAUGAUGGAUGAGACCGAUCAAGCCAUAGAACGAUCGAAGAAGGUUGUCCACGACACAGUAAAUGUCGGAAGUCAGACCGCAGCAACACUCAAAGGACAGACAGAACAAAUGAACAGAAUCAUCGAUGAUCUUGAUUCGAUCCAUUUUUCAAUCAAGAAGGCUUCCAGAUUGGUGAAGGAACUUGGCAAGCAGAUUGCAACCGAUCGCUGUAUUAUGUCCAUGCUCUUUCUUAUUGUGAUUGGUGUCAUAGCGAUCAUUAUUGUGAAGGUCAUGCAUCCAGAAAACCAAGAUAUACAGGACCUUCCUGGGCUAGCCCCUCCUGCUACUAGUCGAAAACUCCUCUGGUUUCAUACCAUGUAA